GAUGUCCCUGAGCUCUCUUCCAUCCUCAGCCAUUCCCAGAAUUCCCAAAUCCCGUUUUCCCAGCAGCUUCUCAGGGUGUCCUGGAAUUCCCGAAUCCCGUUUUCCUGGCGGUUCCUCAGGGUGUCCCAGAGCUCUUUUCCAUCCUCAGCCAUUCCCGGAAUUCCCAAAUCCCGUUUUCCCGCAGCUCUGGCCCUUUUCAUGCUGCUGCUGUUCCAGCUGGAGGCCGGGAUCGCCAGCGCCUGCAUCCUGACCUCGGGAAUUCUCGUCCUGCUCAUCUCCGUGCUCCACGCGCUGCUCCGCGCUUCCCACAUUUCCCAAAUUUCCCAACGGAGCCGCUCGGAGCUUUCCCAAUCCUUGUACGAGAACGAUUCCGCCCGGCCCGGGGACGACGGGAUCGCGGCUCCUGCGGAAAUCCGCCGGGAAUUCUCCUUCCCGCUUUUCCCGCAGCGCAAAUCCCAGCCGGGCUCGGCCUCCAGCAGCAACCUGAGCUGGGCUGGCGGCGCCAGGAGCAAGGAAUCCCAGAAGGAAUCCCAGAAGGAAUUCCAGAAGGAAUCCCAGAAGGAAUUCCAGAAGGAAUCCCAGAAGGAAUCCCAGAAGGAAUCCCAGCAGGAAUCCCAGCAGGAAUCCCAGCGGGAAUUGUCGCGCACGCACAGGACGCUCUCGGCGGAUUCGGGAUUGCUCCGGGAGCAGGGAAAACCUUGGAAUGUCAUCACCAGGGAGAUGAGGAAUGCCAUGGCUCGCAAAUCCAUCAAGGAUUCCACUCUGGUGUGAAGGAAAAUCGGGAUUUUCCCAGGAGUUUCCCGGGAUUCGCGGUUCCGGAGCGGGAGUUGGUUUUUUUCCAAG